AUGAAGAUCAAGGCCCUCAGCCGGUCGACCGCAUCGGCGCAAGCCCCCGGCUCACAUGUCGCAAAGGUGACGCGCAACCUCGACCCCAACCAGCAUCCCUUCGAACGAGCCCGUGAAUACACCCGCGCCCUCAAUGCCACCAAGGUCGAGCGCAUGUUCGCCCAGCCCUUCAUUGGCGACUUCGAGCCCGGCCAUGUCGACGGUGUCUACUCCUUCGCCAAAGACCCCGAGUCGCUUCAGCACUUUGCCAGCGGGAGUGGAGACGGAGUCGUGAAAGUAUGGAACCUCACAAGUCGGGAAGAGAAGUGGCAGGCUCAGGCGCACGAGAACCUGGUCAAGGGAAUGUGCUGGACUCGCGACAAGCAACUCAUCACGUGCGGGUCCGAUCGUCAGAUCCAAAUGUUCGAGCCGUAUGCGCAGCCCUCCAAGUCACCGCCGAAAGCGACAUGGCAUGGCAACGCUGCCUUCACCUCCGUCUCACACCACCGCUCCUUGCCUUCAUUUGCUGCAGCCUCUAGCACCGUCUCUAUAUACGACACCACUCGCACAUCUGGAGCGCCAGUCCAGAAUCUGGUAUGGCCCUCCGCUAUCGACACGAUCAACUACGUUGCCUUCAACCAAGUCGAGACUUCAAUCCUGGCAUCGUGUGCGACUGACCGGGCUGUCGUUCUGUACGAUGUCCGCACAAACUCCCCGUUACAUAGAACCGUCCUCAACUUUGCAUCCAACUGCAUAUCCUGGAACCCUAUGGAAGCAUACAAUUUUGCUGUCGCCAAUGAAGACCACAACGUAUACAUUUUCGACAUGCGAAACAUGAAGCGAGCCCUACAAGUCCUCAAAGGCCAUGUAGCGGCGGUAAUGAGCGUCGAAUUCAGUCCUACUGGAGAAGAGCUUGUCACAGGUUCCUACGACCGCUCAGUACGCCUCUGGGAGCGUAGCAAAGGUCAAUCUCGCGAUAUGUACUACACCAAGCGCAUGCAGCGAGUCUUUUCCGUCGCCUGGUCUCCGGACAACAACUACAUCCUCAGCGGUUCUGACGACGGCAACGUUCGACUUUGGCGUGCGCGGGCAUCCACGAGGCAGGGUGUCAAGUCGUAUGCCCUGCAGCAAAAAUUGCAGUAUGAUGAGGCGCUCAAGGAGCGGUAUAGUCACAUGCCAGAGAUCAAGCGCAUCUCGAGGCAUAGACAUAUUCCAAAGGCUGUCAAGAAGGCAGGUGAAAUCAAGACUGAGGAACUCAAAGCGAUCAAGAGGAGGGAGGAGAACGAGAGGAGACACACGAAGAAGGGGCAGGUCAGACGCAAGGCUGAGCGCGAGAAGAUGGUAUUGGCGAGGGAGCAGUAA